CUGGGGCUGGGCCACCUGCUUCCACCACUACCCGGUGCCCCGCUGUGCCCGGGGGUGGUAAACGUGUUGAUGAACUCUAUUUGGCCUCAGGGCAAAUGCUUUCAAAAGUUAAUUUGAACCCUUAAUUGGAUGCUGCUUCUUCCCAUAACGAUACACAUUUGUGAUCAGCCUGUGAGCUCUGUCUGCCUCUGUCCUGGCAGCCCGAAGUCUCUCACACGUGGGAAAGGACCCACGCGGGCAGGUGGGGCGACAGAGACGUCAGGCCUGAGACACACCAACGUUGGCCGCUUUAUCCAAACUCUGAACCUGGACUUGAUGAGAGCUUCAAGUAAGGGCAAGAAUCCCUUGACACCAUAGUUCCUGGGGCUCUCGGCUCCCGUCAAGAAUGAACCGGCCCCCGGGGGUCCGCCCGCUCAUCCCCUAGGGUCCGAGUCCUCCUGUCCCGGAACCUGCGGAGAAGGGAUGUGAAGUGAGCGGCGGACAGACUGGCCCUGGUGCACGCCCCAGUCGGUGGCUAGGAUGUUCCUCAUGAACGCGCCUCCGGUGCUCCCCCUCCAGGCCGCGUGGGAGGCCUGCGGGCCGCCCGGGAGCUGCAGGUUUCCCGGCCGCCUCCCAGAGCCGCCGGAGGGCGCGGCGGGCGCGGCGGUGAGCGCCCGGGUGCAGAUGAUCAUCAGCUCGCUGCGGGGCGAUCGGGCGGCUCGGGGCCGGAGCCAGGAGCGCGGCCUGCACCGAGGAGGCCUCAGGGGCCGCCCCGCCCAGCCGGCCGCCCCCGCCUGCGGGCUCGCUGCUCGUUCGGACCCCAAGGGCAAGGAGGCGGCCUCGGCCCCCGGCCCUGCGGGGCGGGACUCGGACAGCGACGACUCCGUGGACCGGGGCAUCGAGGAGGCCAUCCAGGAGUACCUCAAGGCCAAGAGCGGGGCUGUCCCGCCCGCAGCCGCCGGCCGGGACCCUCCGUGCCGCCCGGAGCCUCCCCUGAACAGCGCCCCGGCCGCCCUGAGCCCCCCGAAGCGGGCCCCUGGCUCAGGAGGCACCCCCGGCGGCCGCGUGGGAGCCGGCCAGGCCCCGGGCCCCGCGUCCCCGGGCAGCGUCAGCAGCGAGGACUCCUUCGAACAGGGCAUCCGGGCGGAGAUCGAGCGGUUCCUGAGCGAGAAGAGGCAGCUGGAGGCCCCACCCGCUCUCAGGCCCAGCAAGGAGCCAGCGGGCAGGGCGCCCCGGCAGGACGCAGUGGGCGCUGGUAAGGAGCUUGUUUUCCCAAACCCUCCCCGGCCGGCCACGGUAGCGACGCCUCCCCGGAGCCUGAGGUCCAAGGCCGCCGCUGAGCCGGAGAGCGUAGGCGGCCCGAAGCCGGCACCCCCCAGGCCGGCCGCCGCCGGCCGCACCGCGGACGCCCCGGGGAAGGGCCGGGCCCGGAGGGGCCUGGGCCCCGGGCGGAGGGGACCGGGCGUCCGGAGCACCGGCCCGGACCCCGACCGCACUGCGGCCGACUCCAGCAGCGACGACGGCAUCGAGGAGGCCAUCCAGCGGUACCAGCGGGAGAGGAGGGAGGCGGCGAGCGGGGACCUGCCCCCGAAGGCCCCGCCGGGGGAGCAGCCGCCCGGCCCUCCUGCCCCGGGCGCCGGCCACGCCGCCCAAAGUGCCUCACCCGACGCCCCCAGGAGAGCGCCAGGCAGGAGGAAGCCAGCGGCCUCCAAGGCUGCAGACCUGGGCCCCCUCGCCCCCGAACCCCCUGCCCAGCCGCCAAAGGAGCCCGGAGCCCCGGCCGCCCCCUGCAGCGCGGCGGCCAGGAGCCGGCUGGCAGACACCUCUGCCGAGCUGAUGUGCGCCGAGGCCAUCCUGGACAUCUCCAAAGCCAUCCUGCCGGCCCCCGGGGAGGGCGGAGCGAGGCCGCCGCCCGCCCGCCCGCCCCCGGGCCCCCCCAGUGUGCCUUCCCUCGCGGACUGCGACAGCAGCUCUGUGGACAGCGACGACAGCAUCGAGCAGGAGAUCCGGAACUUCCUGGCGCUGAAGGCACAGUCGGGGACUCUGCCAGCCAGGGCGGACACCUGCCCGCCGUCCACACACAGCCCCCUGCCGCCACCGCCGGGCCCCCCACGGCAGGCGGGCGACCUCACGGCGCCCGCCUCUAAAGCACCGGAGCCUCCGCCCAGCUGCAGGAGGAAGCGCAGGGCAGUGGUUGGCGCCGUCCGGUCCUCGAUCCCCAAGAGAACGAGAGAGGCGGUGAAGGAGGGCGCCCCGGACACUGGCCCCGGCCCCGGCGAGGCCCCCGGGAGGGACGGCGAGGCCAGGGGGCAGGGCCCCCCCUGCAGGACGGCCGGGCCGGGGGAUGAGCACGGGGCCGCAGACACCAGGGGCGGGGUGCCGCCGGGCCCCGGGAAGGUGGCCGAGGCCUGGGCUGUGGAUGGGAGGGGGAGCUCGGAGGACAAGAGCAGCUCGCUGGACAGCGACGAGGACCUGGACUCGGCCAUCAAGGACCUGCUGCGGUCCAAGCGGAGGCUCCGGAGGCGCUGGAGGGAGCCCCGGGCCGGCGGCCGGAAGAGGGUCAGGUUUGGCGGCACCGAGGCGCUGGGUCCGCGGGGCGGCCAGGCCGGCCCGGCCGUGCUGAAGAGCUGCCUCUCCGGGUCCAGAAGGAACGGCUGGGCCGGCCCGCCCGGGAGGCCUCCCUGCCGCCUCUGCUGCCCCACGGAGCGGGCGGGGCCGGGCGGCGCGGGGCCGAGUCCGGCCCCCCGCCCCGGCCUCCGGCCGGACGACAGCAGCUCCGUGGACAGCGACGACAGCAUAGAGCUGGAGAUCCGGAAGUUUCUGGCCGAGAAGGCCAAGGAGACGGAGAGCGGCUCAGAAGCUCCGGGAGGGGCUCCGGGCAGCGGGCCCAGGCCAGAGCCGCUGUGCCGGAAGGGCGCCCCGGCCCCGCAGCCGGGCAUGUGCACCCGGAGCCAGAGGGGCAGGGGGACCCCUCAGCCCACGGCCGCUCCGCCCAGAAGCCAGCCAGCGGCUCCCCGGGGCAGCGGUGGGACCCUGUCGGCCAGAGGGGCCCCCGCGGGCAGGAGGAGCCUUCCCCCUCACCGGGACCAGAGCCCGCGGGGGGCGUCCUGCGCGGCCGAGGCGGAGGCCCAGGCCCGGGCGCGGAGUCCCGGGGGGGCCUUGCCCGCGCCCGCUCAGAGCCGGAGCGCACCGGCGUGGAGCCCGGGCGCCGACAGGCAGGGGGCGCCCCAGGCCGGCCUCGCCCUCCCGUGGGGCGACUCUGUGGCCCAGCAGAGUGCCCUGCAGAGCCCGUGGGCGCUGAGCUCGGGAGGCAGCGGCCCGGCGUGGAAGGGGGCCCUGGGCGGCGAGAGGGAGAGGGGGCCGGAGGGCCAGGCCCGGGGCGCCGCCGGCCUCGCCCCCGGCCCCCGGAAGGGCCUGCCCUUCGCCGGCUUCUCGCCGCUGCUGCCCGCGCAGCUGUUCCACUUCGGGGGCGGCGCCGCCUGGGGGGCGCCGGCCGCCGGCCUCUUCAGCCCGGGCCUGGGCCUGCGGCUGCAGGGCCCCGCCUUCUCCGCCUUCCGGGAGGCCCCCGCCUCCCGCCGCUUCGGGCGCCCCCGCCUGCUGGGGAAGGAGGCCCGGGCCUGGCCCCGGCGGGGGGCGCUCGGCGGCGGCAGGAACUCGGGCUCCGACGAGGACGUGCUGGACCUGAGGGGCCGGCGGCCGGCGGGCCGGGACGAGGACCGGGAGGCCUGGGGCAGCGACACCAGCGAGCUGAGCGACACCUCCGUGGAGGACGGCAGCCCCGUGGCCACGGGCAAGGUCCUCCCGCGGUGAGCACCCGUGUGUCCGGGCCCUCAGGCAGGGGGACAGGUCCGUGACCGCCCUGCACAUAUGUACACUAACGGGAGGCGAUGCCCUUAUUUAACACGUGUGUCCUGGUAAAUAUGAUCUUUGUAGCUGUUUUUGGUAAGUUAUUUAAAGUGCUGUAAAAACUAUUUUUGGAAACC